AUGAAGCUCCUCUCAACGCUAUCAGCACUCCUAGGCACCUGCGCAGCAACGUCGCUUCAUCUCAGCAUCUCACCUUCAUCCUCCCUUCUGGACCUCGGCGAGCUCCCCUCGUCAACUCACGCAACACUCUUCGGCCCCUCUGGCAAAAGGGCCACUGCACCUCUCCGCGUCGACAACUCAUUCGUCUUUGACAACCUAGAAGAGGGGGAAUGGCUUCUGGACAUUCACUCUAGAGAUCAUGUCUUCCCUAGUUUGAGAGUCGACGUCGUGGAUCCCGUCUCUAUACUACCCAUCAAGCAAGAAGGCGAUGGCGAAGCAGCACAUGUUGCUCCGACACCAGAGACAGUGACUGUAUACCUCACACAUCCCUCGAACAAAUGGUCGCAUCUGGGAGCCAAGAUUGCUGCGUCCACUGCUCCUCUCGCGUCACAAGAUCAAGUCAAGCUCUCCGUCUCGGCUCUGGGGAAGAAGGCCUUCUACGAACAGAGACAAGGGUUUGAUCUAUUGUCGUUCUUCAAGAAUCCCAUGAUCUUGAUGGGUGUCGUUUCUAUGGGCUUCGUAUUCGGCAUGCCCUACCUGAUGGAGAAUAUGGACGAAGAAACAAAGGCCGAGUUUGCAGAAAUUCAAAAGCAAGGGCCCUUGGGCAUGGGCGGUGGCGCUUCAGGAGGACAGGCCCAGAACACGGCGCAGCAGAUUCAGAAUUUCGACCUUGCUGGCUGGAUGGCUGGUAAAAAGUAA